AUGAUAGAAUUAUAUGAUUAUAAUUGUUCAUAUGUUCGUGAUGAACUAGAAGUAACAACAACAGCAGCGCCAAUAUCAACAAUAACAACACCACUAGUACCAAUAACAUCAUCAACAACAACAACAUCACCAGUACCAACAACAACAACUACAGAUCCAGAAACUGCGCCUUCAGAAGCUAAGUCAGAUUUGCCAUUAAUUCUUGGUCUGUCUUUGGGCAUCGGUAUUCCUGUAUUACUUGGGAUCAUUGUUGGCGCCAUUUGUUAUUGCAAAUCACGUCCAUCUGUAAACGCCGUUGAACCCGUUGGUGAUACUGACACUUCAGAUUCUACUGACAUUGCUAUGCGGUCGAUUAAUACGAAAAAUGAGAACAGUACUGUGUCAGCUAUAGUACAAAAUGUAGUUUGA